UAAAAAAAGAAGUUCCUGUCUAGUCAUGUGACUUCCUCAAGCGCUUAGUUCUCCACUCUGAUCGGAGAACAACUUUUCUUCUGCCUCUUCCUCCUCUGGUGGCUUUUGUCUCUCUGUCAGUGGCACUGUGGCAGUAAGACCGACAUUUAGUUUAGCACAGCCAAGAGUCACGCUGCCACAGCUAUAGUUGUGGUCUUCAGGAGAAUAUUGCUCACCCACUGCUGGAUCAAGAUGCUACGACGGAAACCAUCCAACGCAUCUGAAAAGGAGCAGGCCCAGGUGCAAAAGAAGAAGCUGACUCUGCAAAGGUCCAGCAGCUUCAAAGACUUUAUGAAGCCAAAGCCGUCAUCACCUGUAGUGAGCUGUGAGGCUACUCUGGAUGAAUCGUUUGAGAGUGCACCACCGGAGGAUACAGGGAAAAGUAACGGGAAACUGGGAAAGAAGUGGAGAAAUGUCAUAUCUCGCACAAUGACUCGUAAAACCUCCAAGAUGGUUCAGAAAGCCCUUGCGGAGGAGGGGAAUGAGAGUGGGGAGGAUGGCUCUAUGUCUCCCAUGUCUCCAAACGACUGGACGCCAGAUCUCACUGCUGGGAACAGAACGUCUGUGUGCUCCAACAGCUCAGAGGACACGAUACACAGCCCUCUGUCACGCCAGCUCUCUGGAUGUGGUGACAGACAGAGUCUGGACAGUGGCUUCAGCCAGAGAGACAGUAUGAGACUGGAGGACAGCACCUACACGGGACCCUUCUGUGGCAGAGCCCUCGUCCACACUGACUUCACCCCCAGCCCCUACGACAUCGAAUCCCUCAAACUACAGAAAGGAGACAUCAUCCAGAUAAUAGAGAAGCCACCAGUAGGCACCUGGACUGGUAAACUCAACAACAAGGUGGGCUCCUUUAAAUUCAUCUACGUCACAAUAUUACCAGAAGAAGACACACCACCAAAGAGGAAACGAUGCCAGAGUCAAGGACGCAAGAACAAGCCCAAACCACAAACCUUGGAGGAAGUUCUGGAGAGAAUAGGCCUAACUGAGCUGGGAUCUCUCCUGUCCAUGCACGGCUUCCAGAGUUUGGAGGAUUUCAGUGGUCUGAAGGAGUCCCACCUGAACGAAUUAAACAUUACAGAUCCCGAGCAACGUGUGAAGAUACUGAAAGCAACAGAACUGCUUCAUGACUCGGAGGAUGAAUCCGAUGCAGAGGAGCAAAAGACUGAAAUGCCACGGGACUCGGGUUGUUACGAGAGCACGGAGAACCUGGUAAACGGACGUGAGGAGCCCCAGCUGGAAUCCCAACCGGAGCCAGAGACUGAUCCGGACACGGAAACAAAGCUCAAUGCAAUUCAGGAACAACUGGAGGAGAUGAAGGUGGAGGAGAGUCCUGAGAGCCAAACCGAUUGAAGCCACCAGAAUGUUCUUUUGAGCCUUCUCCUUUGAAACUCUGAUUGAGAGUAUGCCAUAUCCAUGUGCUGGAUUAAAUUCAUGAACAAAAUAAAAAACUUUAACAUGCACAGCCCGUACAGAAGCCCAUAGGUCUUCUUAGAAGAUGGCAUUGUGAUCUUGAAGGUACCAUCAUUUGUUCUCUCUGAGACUAUUGUUCAGAAAGACCCCACUGAAACAAUGUUUUCUGGAUUUUGAAAAACUGUGUGAAAUGAUAAUCCAUGGAUUAAACCUACGGCUAUGUUAUUACAUCUUAAAAUAAUGCUUGUGCCAAAAACAUUGAUUUUACUCAUCUUAGGUUGAAUAUUUAAGCCAUCUUUUUCGGGUAAAGCAUUGAUGCAUUGUAUGAAUGACCUAACUGUGAUUCUCUGAUAUCUGAGAAGUUUCUCAUAGCCAUUUUAUUUACUACUGUUCUACGGUUUCUGCCAGAAUGAAUGUACAGAGUAACACAACUAGUGCGCUCAAAAAUGUUGUGUUUUUUUUCCCAUCAGGCGUAUGAAAGAGGAAAAGCACAUUUAGUUUUAUUCUUUGGUUCCUGUUUAUGGUAAUAUUUGUUGCUUUCAAAGUCAUUGUUGUUUUGAUUGUAUUCCGUUUUAGCCUUCCGUUUGUCAUGUAUGCUGUACUUUCAGUUUUUUUGUCUGCGUUUAAAAAAAAAACUAUUUUGAAACUACACCACAAAGAGAUUGUAAUAAUACCAUAUAAUUUAAUGAACAUACAUAUACACACAAUUUCAUAAAGUAGAAAGUGGAGAGUAUGAGGAUAUACAUGAUCACAGUGUUAUUACCAAGCAAAGUGAACAUAAUUCGUGAUGACGUAUAAUGUGUACGUUAUGCAUCAUAUCCAAAUAUCUAGAGCAGACCAUCUUUUGCUAAUAUUCCAAACUUCUACAUUACACUGACUUGGCAUUAAAGUUUGAUUUUGUUGCUCCUCA